AUGGGAAUCCCGAAAGCACGUUUAAAAUGGAUAAAAGCUUGGUAAGAAAAUUGCAGAGCGUUCAUUGAGAUCCAAGGAAAAAGAUUACGUUGGAUUCCAAUAAGAAGAGGAGGGUCACAAGGUUCUAUUUUUACUCCUACUCUUUUUAUAAUGUAUCAUGCGGAUAUGGGAGACUUCCUAUAUAAUUCUGUAUCAUUCUUUUUGCAGAUGAUUUGGCUGCAGUAUUGGCCAGUAGGAUAGGAGUUAGAUACACUGAACAGUGUUUGGAUUUAGAACUACGAUUAUUGAUUUAGAACUCAGGUUUGGUAGUUCAACCUAUAAACUAUGAUAAAACUGAAGCUUUAUGGUCCGCUCGAUACAUUGGGAAUCCAAAAUUUGACAUUUUAUGUAGAACACAUAAAAUAAAUUGGGUGAAAGCCUUUAAAUAUCUCGGGUACUGGAUAACUCCGAAGUAUGUACUGGAUGCCGAAUAUUCUUGUGCUGAUUAUUCCUUAUGUUGGAUUUUCCUUAUGCUGAUUUUUCGUAGUGCUGAACAGUUCUCGUGCUUAAGUUUUCGGAUAUCUUAGGGUGCAGCCAACACUUUCGUGGGUAAAAGUACAAGAUGGUACAUGUUUUUGAAUGUCUUCUGUAGAUCACGUAUAGAUUCAUUGGACGCACCAAGAUCAAUUGCCUAUAAAUAUGCUCUGUUUGCAAUAGCCUAAAACUUUCCUUACGUGUAUUAGCUACGCAACUAUCUUUAUGAAAUGUUUAUAUUACUAAUGUAGGUUAGGAUAAGCAUGCACCUAGCAAACAGCAAGUGAGACAGUUCACUAAAGCGAUGAGUUACCCCAAUUUAUGAUUUCUAACACAUG